GUGUCCUUACGACAAACAACAGAACUCGCCGUUAGCCAGCCAUGUGUCGAAAGGUUCUGGCUGUGCUAUUGGCCAGCCAUGUCUUUCUGAUACGUCCGGCCAGUCAGCUUUCGGUCACAGGCAGCAAUGUGGACAUGAACCACUCUUGCACUAACUCCAGGGCCAAGCUAUGCGCCAAGAGCAGUCACACUACGUCCUCUGCUGCUGACACUGUCACUGGAAGUGAAGGAAAUCGUGGACAGGGCAGGAGUUUUAUGGGAUCUGCGAAGAGACCGGUAUACCCAGACGGAAGAAGAAUCUACAGGCCUUCAGCUGUCCAUCGCCCAUCUUACCCCCAGCAGAUCCGACGGUAUCCAGCGUACAGAGCACAAGAUAGGUUCCAACCAAGUGAGGUGGGCUACAGACCGAAGAGGCCAAGUUCACAACCCGAACCACAACCACCAAGUUCUGCUUCGUCAUUUAUGCAAGGCACAGGAAGCAAACCGAGUCAACCCUUGGUCGCAGACCAACCUGACAAACCACAAACUAAUUCUCCAGCAGAUUCCUAUAUGCCUAUGUCAAAUUCUGAGCCCUCUGACGGGUCUGACAUAUCCCCUCCCGGGAUGUACGUGGGAGAAGUGCAAGAAACAUCGCCCAAAGUACCGGCCAUGGACCAGACAGCUCCCCCUAGUGAAUCGUCUGAAGAUUCGUACUUCCCUUCCCCACCAAAAUAUCCCCAUCACCACGGUGAUUUACAUGACUAUGUAUAUGUCGAUUACGAUCCUACUUUACACGAACACAAACCACACGAACACCAUCAUAUGUAUUAUGACAAUUCUUACUAUCAUGCACCUCAAUUAAACAACACAUACCAACUUCCACCAGAAAAUAACACUUACCAGCCCAUGCAAAGUAUGGAAGAAAACAGGAAUAAAAAGCCGUACACAUAUUACUACAUAGGUCGAAAACUGUGGUACAUCCCUCUAUAUUUCAGCGUAUACUUCAUCGUUUAUAUAACUUCACUACUCGUGAAAUCCAUUGCAAGACAUAAGAUCAGAUUCCCCGCCAGUUACUGGGCGGGGGGCUAUGCAAGAGCUCUAGGCAACGAGCUCAACAAGAAACGACUUGAAAUGAUCACAGGAUAUAUCACAAAAGCUCUGGAAAAAUUUGGAAAGCGUUACGAAUGAGCACUGUAAUUUCGUGGCUGGAGUAUUAACUUCAUGACCUCUAACACCACAGCACACAAUAAAAGACACUCUUCAAAUUCCCGGGCGGAAUCAAACCCCCUGAUCCCAGAUUUUGAAAGCUUCGGACUCGCGGCCAUUGGGGAACACAUUCUUGACUCUACAAACGGAAAAUAACUAGUGACUGCGAACGUAAGAAGCCAUCAGUCUUUAAAUAUUGGUCUCCAGUCCUCUGCAAACCGCGGAACCAACAUCAGGAAGCAGCAUCAGACAAAAGAAGUUUAAUCUUUAAAGCACAAGGCUCAUCUAAAUAAUAUUUAAUAAUUCAGUCCGUAUCUCAAAGAAAACAUAAGCCGUCUCCAUUACAAUUAUCUAAUGUUAAUGCUGUUUAUGUAAAUAAUGGCAUUUUAUUCUUAGAAUUGUAUGAAUCGUUGAAUGUUAAUGUACGUGGUGUACAUAGGCACCACUAGAUUUUAAAUAGUCAAAUUAAAUGCAGAACUUGGCGUCUUACAAUAACCACAGACAAUCAUCGAAAAAUUGUCUGUUAAC